UCAAAAAUUAAAGUGGAGAACUUUUCCAAGUGUAAUUCAGUAUCAAUAUCACCAUGUCGCCGUUAAUUCAAUCCCUUUUUCUCCUAAUAACUUUAUUUUCGCUAACUUCAUCAGAAAACAUCCUCUUCGUGACAACUGCACCAUUAUAUGGGGCCCAAAUGGUGCUACAACCCAUCUGGACGCAACUUUCGAAGAGCCACACCGUAACUGUAAUCACACCAAACCCAACGAAUCAAAAAAACAAUACAAAUUUAAAAGAAAUCGACAUCAAAUUCAUCUACGAAUUCAUCGAAAUGAAAUAUGAUUUCUCCCAAUACGUAGCGAAAUACAAAGAUGAGCCUUUAAGGUACUCGACGUUCUUAACGACGGUUUUAACCGGGAUUAAUAACGAAGUGUUGAAACACCCCGAUGUUAAAGCGUUGAUUAAGGAUGAUUCGUUAAGUUUUGAUUUAACAAUUGUUGAAUUUAUCACGGUUCCUACGAUGCUUGCUUUCGGACAUCGGUUUAAAACUCCAAUUAUUGCGAUUACAACAACGGACGCUUCCGUUUUGGGGCAAGACUCCAUCGGAAAUCCAAACCAUCCGGCUUUGAACCCAGAUUUAAUGUUGAAAUUCCACGGAGAUUUAUCAUUCAUGCAAAGAGUUUUUAGCACGUUGAGUUUGGUCAGUCGAAAAGCGGUGGCUCAUUUAGUGAAAAGGGUCGAGGAUGAAACCGUUUCGAAACACUUCGGCGAUAAUUAUCCGAGUUUGGAUGAACUUACGGAUCGAAUCGAUUUAUUUUUGAUGAAUGUUAAUUUGGGAUUUCAUAAUUUAAGACCCACCGUUCCGGCCGUUGUUCAUUUUGGGGGUGAAAUGAGCGUAAAACCCGCUGGAAAAUUACCAGAGGAUAUCAAGAAAUUUUUGGACGAUGGAAAAGACGGAGUGGUUUAUUUCAAUUUAGGAACGGUAAUAAGGGCCAGAAUGAUCAAGCCGGAACUCCUCGAGGCGAUUUUUACGAGUUUCGCUCGACUCCCGUAUCGAUUUAUCAUAAAAUUGGACGUCCCCGAUACAUAUCCGGGAAAGCCGGAUAAUAUCAUGAUUAAAACUUGGUUACCACAACAAGAUAUUCUACGUCACGAAAAUGUUAAAGUUUUCAUCACACAAUGUGGGUUACAAUCGAUUGAGGAAGCGAUUUAUCACAACGUUCCAAUAAUAGGGUUACCAUUCUUUGGGGACCAAUACAGUAAUUGUUUGCAAGCUGAGGAGAAGGGUAUUGGAAUAAUUUUCGAUGUAAAUCGAUUGGAUUCGAGGAAAUUAAUCGCCGCUAUCGAGGAAGUGAUAAAUACCCCAACUUAUGAGGAAAAAACGAAAAUGAUUUCAAAAAUCGCUUUGGAUCAACCAAUGACCGGUUUGGAGAGAGCCACGUGGUGGAUUAAUCACAUUUUACGUUACAAGGGUGGAAAGCAUUUGCGAGCGCCUUCUUUAAACGUUCCAUUUUGGAAGUUUUAUUUAUUGGACGUUUUAGCUUUUAUCGGUUUUAUCGUUUUAAGCGUUUUCAGGGUGCUUUACUUUUUAAUUAAGAAAUGUUUGCGGUGUUGUAUUAAAAAGAGUCAUAAAACUAAAUCGCAAUAGAAAUAAUAAAAAAACUUACCAAAUGCGAAAUCAAAAAAUUGUGACGUUUGACACAUUUGAGGUUAAUAAAGGUGGCGACAUCUGUGGGAC